UUUGUCCGAUUGUGAUCAACUCGAACCUGCCACGAGUUCCCCAUGACAUUGAAAACGACUCGAACACGUUAAUUGACAUGCAUUGCGUUAGAAUGUAAAAUGAAAAUUAAUUUUUUGAAGAGGAAAUAGGUAGACUGAGAAAUUAACCCGGCGGUUAUUAUCGCCGAAGGGAAAAAUGGAGCGGUAAAGCCAAAGCUGAAGCCAGCGAAACGUCUUAGAAGGAGCCCAGGGAUCUGAUGGCGUCUUUCUGAUUGGGUGUGUGUCGAAAUUUCUAAUGAAAUUCAUGACUUACAGGCGGAAGACUAGAUCAAUUCAAACUGGCCAAUGAGUCAUGGCAUCAUCAUGGGAGAGCUUCAUCGCAGCCUCCACUUCAGCUGCCCCUGCGCACACCAGUGUGGCAACCACACCUACAGCUGUUGCAUCUGCAGCCGGGGGUCCCACAGUGCCCCCAACUAUGCCUGUCACUGCUCCAGUGUCGCAGAUGACGUACACUUCCGAGGGCGGUUCGCAUCACACAACUCCAACACAAUAUCAUCAGCCCCACACAGCUAGUCAGCUUCCACAUCAUGGCAUGAGAGUUAACAUUCCUCCACAGGCUGGUAGUUCAAGUGCUGGUCCAACAACAACUUCACCACAGACACCGGUUGCUGGACCACCUCCUCAAGUAGGUGCACAAGUCCAUGAGACGGAUCUGCCCCAGGACAUGCUUGCAGCUGGCUGGCGGAAGUUCUGGAGCAAGAGGGAGCAGCGCAUUUACUUCUGGAACCGCAUCACGGGAGAAAGUCUGUGGGAUAUGCCCCCUGGCCAGGUCGCUCAUGGGGCACAUCCUCCUGGGAAGACGAAGGUGAGAGAUAGAGAAGAAGAAGACGAAGAAGAAAGAAAAGAAGAAGGAGAAGAAGGGAAUCAAGAGGAAUAUGAAGAAGAAGAGGAACAAGAAGAGGAAGAAGGAGAAGACGAAGAAGAGGUUGAGAAAGAGGAAAAAAACGAAAAUAAGAAGAUAAGAGGAAAAACAAGAGGAGAAGAGAAAGAAGACGAGAAGAGGUUGAGAUGA